UCUCAGGUGUGCACAGUGGGCGGCUGGGCUGGCUUCGUUCAGAGAUGAGCCUGGCCUGGUGCCUCCUUUUGUCUUCCACAGUGUUGCAAGCUCAGUUAUUGCUGUAUCAGAAGGAGCCGUUCCACUUUGUGAAUACUGGGCGCACGGCAGAGAUCCAGUGCGUGUCUACGGAAACAAUUUCCUCUGGAAUAAUGUUCAGUUGGUACAAAAGAAGAGAGAAUGAAAUAUCUGUUUUAAUUGCGAAGUGCGCUGGUAUGGCAAACAACGCAAAAUUUAUUUGUAGAGUGGAACAAGAAAAGUUGAUCUUGAAAAUCUCCAAUCUCAGAACAGAGGAUUCUGGCCUGUAUUUCUGCGGAACGAGACAGGAUGGCUUUUUCUCCUUCAGCAAUGGGUCUUCUCUGAUCGUUGGAGAUAGUUACACUCCAAGGACCCAGGUGGUGCUUCUGCUGCCUCCUGCACCACCAGCUCCCACCCUCAUGCACGCCGGCCACGUUGCUUGUGUGGUCCGUGGAGUCUCCAACCUGGUCCAGGUGUCCUGGGAUGUCCCCGGGGAACUCCAGCAAGAGGGCCUGACUCGGCUGGUGAAAAGCAGCAGCGGCUCCCUCACCUUCGUCAGCGUCCUUCAGAUCCCCAGGGACUCGCAUUGGGGUGGGAAGAACGUCACAUGCCAAGUCAGAUUCAACUCUUCCGGCCCCAGCAUAAAGAAGAGCGCCACCUUCCCAGCACCAACAGUCGAACAUUCACAUUGGGGGCACAUGAAAAACGCAAAGUCUGUUUAUGUCUGA